UCUGCAACGGGCUAUCCGACAGCCAAGUCCAUAUAAAAGCAAUCUGGGCACCCAACGAAUAGCAUUUACAAUCAUGCAAACGCAGUCAUGCCUGUUACACUCCGCCGGCGCCUGGACUGUCACUACUGCGGACGCAGAUCGAAACUGCCAGCGGGGAAGAAGCCUGGUCGCAAGUUUCAAUGCGAGCACUGCCUUGCCGUCAAUUUCUUCGACGAGAAUGGCGAGAUAGCAGAUGUCCCCUUGGACGAAGCUGCCCCUGCUCAGCGCUUCGCCCAACCCGUCCCCGCAAAUCCUCUCCCCGACGACUCUGCCCCCCAAAACUCAGUAUUCUGUUCGACAUGCCUCAAGAACCAGCAGCUAUACACCUACAACCUUUCCCAGUUCCUCCCAGAUCCUGACCACCCCGAGUACGAGAAACUCGAGGCCCAACUUCCAGAGUACAAGAAAGGACUCGAACAGCGCUACCCCCAGUGUUGUGCCAGGUGCGAGCCUAAAGUCAGAGCGCAGUUGCACAAGGCUACCUACAACGCCAGAAGCGACCACCUUCGACGGGUCCUGGAAAGAUCACGACAAAGAAGAGUCGCCAGUCGAUGGGGGUGGAGAAGCCUUCUUCUCAAUGCAGCCGGAUUGGGCUAUACCGUCAGUCUGGCUUUGCAAGUCCUUUGGCAUCUUUAUGGCUCUCAAGUGGUCGGCGUUUCGUUGAAUCUGGAACUCCGACCUGCUGAGUGUUUCUCCCAAUGGCGCCCUUUGCCCGAGUGUUUAGAAAUGAUGGAGCCCCUCGUGGGACUCUCUUUGGUGCUUGGACUGCUUUGCAUCUGGUGGAAUCCAAAGUGGCGGCACAAGUUGUCUAACAAUGAGUGGCGAUUGUCAGGCCUGAAUGAGUAUUAUCUGGCACAGUUUUUCCUCCUGGGGCUGAGAUUCAGUGCUUGGAUAGUCUUGUUUCACGUCCCUAUCUCAUUGCGGAUGAAAGCAAUUCUGCAUGCUUGUUUCGCGGUUGCCAUCACAGUGUUUGCAGGAUGGUCGAUUUUGGGGAUUACGACAGUCAGGACUGGCCCUCAAAUCAACUGGCACGAUGAUCCAGCCCCUUUGCUGUCGAGCAGCCAAUUCGUACCUCCACCCCCUUCUGAACAACCAGAGACACAGCGACCACCGAAUCAGCCGUUCAACAUCGAAAAUCUGGCAACACCUGGACGACCAGCUUACCAGGCAUGGAAUCCUCCCACUCCUCCGCCGGACAAUGCGGAAGCAAUGGACUGGACACCCUCUCAGCCCACAUUCCAACCGGACCUCAAGCAGAUUCGGUAUAUGGCAACCGACCCCACGCCCUUCUACGGAACAAUACCAGCAUUAAACGCAAAGGGAGUUCUCAAAAACCAAAAUCAAGGGCGAACGGGUAGAGAGGCCAUAGGUCUCCCACCAGGAUUUUUCGAAAAGUCGCAGAAGUCGUUAUUUCCUCCUCGUCAAACUGAAACCGCUAGCGAAGCCAUAGCACAACCAAAGUUCUUCGGUCACGAUCGACAAGUUGAUACGGGGCUGGAAAACAUCUUCGACACAGUCUUCUCUCUUCAGGAUUCGUCCUUGGAUCAACCUGAGUCUGGUUCCACUUCGGAUGCGAAGGUUUCCAGAGCUGCACCUACGAAAGAAGCCGGUCGCCAGCAGCCAGACGAGCGUGGAUAUCUGCCGGCGCUAAGGCUCUUCAGCUGCUUGUCGAUUCUCUCACUCGUAGUAGGCUUGGCCGCGUGGAUCUUUGAAGCUGCUAUCAGGACCAAGACUUCCCAACUAGGCUACUACACCGUCCUUCUCAGUGUGGUUAUACCGUUUGGUCACAUCAUAAUCAUUCUUUGUUUGAAUGGUAUCCAAGGCCAAACCUCCAAGAUAUGUCUGUAUCUGUUCGAAGCAACCAUGUUGAUGGAGGUUGCCAUGGUCCAGGGCCGAUUUGGAGACCUCUUCCGGAACCUUUGGGACAAGCUUGCCAUUGCGGUCGUCGCUCUGUUGCUCCCUCAGGAGUUUCUGGCACUGACUAGUUACAACUGGACAUCUCAACGUCGCCAUUCGACCGCCUCACACCAAUACGUCCCACUACAGUCGUUCCCUGAACCGCAGGCACAGAAGUCCAUCAAUCCACCCCCCAGUGCUGUUGCCCCACCAAUGCCUCAGCUUCCACGAACAAAUUCGAGCGAAUCAAUCGAAACUCAACUGUCGAUACCGACCACUACUGACGCCGGGCCAUGGGAGACCCCGCGAGCGGAAAACUAUCGAUUUGAUUACUUUGAUCCAUCCAAGUCUCCGUCAGCGGUAGCGAGCACAAGGUCGUCAGUAAAGCGGAACCGCCAACCACAAAGCCUGGAUCAAAACUUAAUGGGCAUCGAUGGUCUAUCGUUGGAUAGGGACAACAGGAUCUCACGGGAUGAGAGCACAGGCGUCUCGGCUACGCUGAGUCGGAUGGGUCUUGGGUCUUCGUCUGGGUCAAGCAUCGCGGGACCAAGGGCGAGACGGAAAUUUUGACGGCUACUUUGUUCCGGAGCGAGACUGUGUAUGGAGUUAUCACGUUUAUGUUUGGAGGCAUUCUCAUUGUGUGUGGUAUAUUAGAGCAUAAAAGGAUUGGAAAGCAGAAAGCGGCAGGCAGGGCCUCGUAUUGCAUUAGCGUUGCAUAUUAUGAACUUGUUCUCAUUUCAAGACCCAUAAAUUUGGCAUUCUU